AUGUGUCCCCAGGGCGACACGUGCACGGGGGUGGCACGGCAGGUGGAGCUGUGUGGGGCGGCGGCGUCGGAUGCGGAGUGUGAGGCGGCAUUUCAGGCGCUCAACCCCGCUGUCAACUGCUCCUCCCUCAGCCCCUCCCAGGCCGUGUGCCUCGAGAGGGACCCCGGGGUGGCGAAUGUGACGGUGGUGUGCGACCAGUACUACCGGGCGCGCGUCAGCGACACGUGUGACAGCAUCAGGCAGCUGGCGGAGCCUCCUCUCAGCCCCGUGGCCUUCUACCGCCUCAACCCCGGCGUCAACUGCAACCAGCUCAUCCCCCUCAAAAACUACUCCCACUCCACCACCACCUUUGGCGCUGAGGUCAGUCACUCUGGUACAUGCUGA